ACACAGACACACACACAGACACACACUGAGAGACUAAACUCUAAUUAGACAUCAGUUUCUAGCUACAGAGCGAUUCUCGGUGGGGAGUCGUGAAUCUCAAUGUCUCUGAAGUGCUGCUUUAUCUAACCGCUUGUCCUCUGCUCCUUUCCUUCCUGUUAUGUUCUGCACUUAUCUCUCAAUUUUGCUCCUCUAUCGCUCCUCUCCUCCACUCUUUAGUCAAAUACUGCUGGAGGUGCUCCUCCCUCCCUCUCAUACUCUGCUCGCUCCAUCCAUUCCUCCUUCUCUCUCUCGCUCACUCUCUCUCUCUCUCUCUCUCUCUGCCCCCUCCCUCCCUCUCUCCCUGUAUCAGACGCUUUAACAGAUGCGCCGAGCACAGUUGCUUCUCUCUCGUUCUUGCGCUCGCUCUCGCACUGCCCCACUUGCAGACUUUCGCAGGUGGGGGGAGGAAAAAUGGCAGAACCAACUACCAGAAACAAACAGUCUAACGGAUGAAGCCAGGACAAACGGAAUAAGAGAAAGCAAAAAGCAAAAAAAAUGGAUGGGAACUGCUAAAAAUAACUGCAUCGCCAAAGACUGCCUUAAUAGCAUCCAUCAUGUCUCUUUUCUUUUUCUAUCCUCUUUCAGGAUACCUGUUCUGAUCCAUGGGAUUAAAAAUGACUUAAAAUUCAAUCAACGGCCGAAGAGAGAGACAGAGGGAUGAAAAAAGAGGGGGUUUGUCCUCUGAACAGAUUCAGCGGCAUACAGCUGGUGAGAGCAAGAGCGAGGGAUCGUUAGAGAGAGAGAGAGAGAGGGAGAGAGAGAGAGGGAGAGAGAGAGAGGGAGAGAGGAAAGAAGGUCUCUUCUCUUUUAAAGGAAGUGACUCGUCUGACUUCGCUGUCCUUCGGGACUAUUCAGUCAAGGUUCAACGUGUUCAGUAAACAGAGGGGACACUGCUCUGUUAGAGGACGUUAAGGAUCUGCAACCUGGCUUCACUGAUGCUUUGCACCACGAGACUAUUGGAAACCUAUAAGAAAAAAAAAUCUGUAAGACAAUCUGUUAGAAAACAAGAAGGAAUGAGUGACAAGCACAGACAGGGUGAAAUGAAUCGAUGAACAGAAGAGGCAGGUGGAGAGGAGGAAGAGUGAGGGAAAUGCCCAGAACAUAAAGUGGGGGAAAAAAAUAGAGACAGCAGAGCGAAAAGCAGGCUGGCAACUAGAAGACCCUGAGAGGAAAUGUGCUGUGUGUAAUGACCCCAGAUGAGAGGCUCUUAGCCUGGGAACAUUCUGGAAAAACAGUGAAUAAAGUUCAGUGUGUUUCACAGCCAAGCUUACAUGGAUACAAAUGUGCAACUGCAGGCCUAACUCCAUCUAAACUCCAGUGUGUGUGGAUGUGGAGAGGACAGACACUCCCGUCCUGAACAGAGGAUACGAUACACAUGUGGACAUGGAUACGGGGUCCAGCACACACAUACACACACCUACACAAAGGCCUGCAAACACCAUGACUGCAGACAUGAGCUGAUUGAAGUCCUGCGACUGACACAGACAACGAAGGUCUGUGGAUUAACCCCCCUUCUACCAUGCAAGCCUCCCCACCCCCUCAUUCUGAAAAAUCACACCCAUCCCUCAUUUUACAUCACCAUCCAAGUAAAACACCCUCCUCCCCUCUCCCCUUUCACCCAUCAUCCCAUUCUUACUCAUCCAUCCUUAAGCCUUCACCCAAACUCCUACAUUCGGAUAACCUUCUGUGUCCAAAAUACACCUGUGGGUUCCUGGACCAAUCCAUACCAUCUCCAAGCCCACCUCUACCCUCGUUCCACUGGCUGACACUGGUCACAUGUGCCUGCUUGCUACCUGCUUUGAUUGGACGGAUUCCUGGGGCGCUGGCAGGAGAAACGUGGGGUGUAGUUUCUUCAUGCCCUUUUCAUUGUGUGUGCCGGAACCUUUCGGAAUCUCUGAGCACACUCUGUGCAGACAAGGGCCUCCUCUUCGUUCCACCGAACAUCGACCGCCGGACAGUCGAGCUCCGCCUUGCUGACAACUUCAUCAGAGAAGUGGGUGGCACGGACUUUGUCAACAUGACCGGAUUGGUGGAUUUAACGCUGUCAAGAAACACCAUCAGUUACAUCAAACCGAUGGCGUUUGCUGACCUGGAAAGUCUCCGUUCAUUGCACUUGGAUGGUAACCGACUGACAGCACUUGGUUCGAGAGACUUAGUGGGUAUGCUGAACCUGCAGCACCUCAUUCUGAACAACAACCAGCUUAUCAACAUUUCCUCUGAUGCCUUUGAUGAUUUUCUCCUCACACUAGAAGACCUCGACCUGUCUUACAAUAAUCUACGUAAAGCACCAUGGGAAGCCAUCCAGAACAUGGCCAGCUUACAUACGCUCAAUCUCGACCACAACCUCAUUGACCAGAUUGAAGAAGGUUCCUUUGGUGAGCUCUACAAACUCGCUCGGUUAGACAUGACUUCCAAUCGCCUGCAAACUCUACCACCUGACCCCCUGUUUGCCAGGUCUCAGACAGGAGUCAUCAGCCCUACACCCUACAACUCAGUAAUCAGUUUGAACUUUGGAGGAAACCCUUUGCACUGUAACUGUGAGCUGCUUUGGUUGCGAAGGUUGAUUCGGAGCGAUGAUAUGGAGACUUGUGCUACUCCCAUUCACCUGGCGGGACGCUACUUUUGGUCAAUACCCGAGGAGGAAUUUACUUGUGAGCCUCCACUCAUUACGCGUCAUACACACAAACUCUGGGUCUUAGAGGGUCAAAAGGCAACUCUCAAAUGCCGAGCCAUUGGCGACCCUGAACCAGUGGUGCACUGGGUCUCACCUGAUGAUCGGAUUAUUGCUAACUCUAGCCGUACCACCUCAUUCCGUAAUGGGACCCUUGAAUUCUUAGUGACUGUGGCCCGUGAUGAUGGUGCUUACACCUGUAUUGCAAUCAAUGCUGCUGGUGAGGCCACUGCGGUUAUUGACCUUAAAGUCAUUCCUCUUCCUCACCGAGGGAAUGGGACAGUUUCUUUAGCUCGUGACCCAGGGUCAUCAGAUAUUACUAGAGGUAAAACAUCUAAUGGGCAGACCCCCAGCCAGGACACUAACACAGACCCACAGGAAGGUAGAGAAGAGGUAGAGGCAGUGGAUGGAGGGAGUGAAGGAGGAGAGGACCAGUUUGUGGAGGUACAAGGGGUGACCUCCACCUCAGCACAGGUUCGGUGGGAUAUAGGCAGACUUUCAGGUGAAUACUUGGUUUGGAUGUACCAGAUACAGUACAACUGCACCGCAGAUGAAACUCUGGUGUACCGAAUCUUGCCGUCUACAAGUAACAGCUUCCUCCUGAAGAACUUGGUCUCUGGAGCAGACUAUAACCUGUGUGUUUUGGCCAUUUUUGAUGACACGGUCACUUCCAUGGCUGCCACAAAGGUUCUUGGAUGUGCUCAGUUCAGCACCAAGGAUAAUUACCCAGACUGCCGUUCACUGCAGGCCCACUUUCUGGGUGGGACCUUGACCAUUCUGGUGGGGGGAGUCGUCGUGGUUACGCUGCUGGUGUUUACUGUGGCACUUAUGGUGCGUCACCGGGUCUGCAGUAAUCACAGCAAUCAUCAUGGAGUUACCGGAGAAGUCGGGUGCUCAGGAUCCAACUCGUCACCGACAGGGAAAGGAGCCGUUUUUUCACAGAGAAACAGCAGCGGGGAGGUAAUGAUGGUGGUCUUACCUAAUGGGCUGCCUCAAAAACAAAGAGGUGUGGGAGGAGCGGCGGAGUCAUCAUCAAAGUUGUCGCCUACUCAGAAACCCCAAACCCUGCCUAAGCCCAAAGUGAAUCUGGAGCAGCUAAAGGCAGGAGCAGGGGCACAGAAGGCACUUCCACCAUAUACCCCAGAGACUGAACGAAUGCCAAUGUACUACACCCCCAAGAAGCCGUCCCCCUCUACACUGCCACGCCAGUCACGUCAGUCAGAGGCAGCACUGAUGAAACUCCAUUUCGCAAACAGAGAUACAGAGAAACAGGCAAGCUACAGCCUUGUCCCCUCAUCUCACGGUGACCGGAGGUUCAGCACAGGAGGGUCUGUUGUUGUCCGACGAGGAGGCAGAGACAGCGGAUGUCACUCAGAGACAGCCUAUCAGACCUCAGGCCUAAGUGCUGCACGCCACAGGCGCAGCUCUUCGUUCGACAUGGGCAACAUGGCGGCCACAACCUGCUACAGUUACGCCAAGCGACUGAGUGUCAUCUGGAGCAAACGGAGCCAGUCACUGCACGGCAUGCUGGCCCAGUGCGCUUCCACGAACAGCAUCUCCACCACCAGCAGCGGCGGCAGCGGGGAUUUCCACGUCAGACACACGCGUACUGCCAUCCACGCCUACAAAUCCAACACCCUGCCCUCAAGCAUAGCCAGAACACAUACAGAGCAAAGUAGAGAAAAAUGUAAAGAGAAAGUAAAGGCAAAAAAUAAAGGCGAAGAACUGGAGGAAAGUGUGGUGUAGACAAAAAUAGAGCUGCACAUUGAAGCAAGAAAUGAAGAGACCUUUAAAAUAAACGAGUGGGGUGACUGUGGACAGAGAUAGAUGAAAGAGGGAAAGUUAAAGAGUGCAACAUGAGGUCUGAUAUGUAGGAGUGGAAGACAGGCUGAAGGAAAGGUUGAGUAGAGAGAUGAGAGGUAGAGAAAAGAUGUCAUGGUAGAAAAAAGGAGCAGACAUGAAAAGGUACAAGGAGGGAAGCAGGAGGAAAAAAGGAGAGCAGAGUCAAGAAUCAGGCUAAUGUCAAAUGGACUAAAAAAGGGAGAACACAUUGGUGCAUAUCCUGUGGGACUGGUGUCUAAGUGGAUUCUGAAGCAACACAGAAAUUCAAUCUCUCCAAUGAGCCUAUAAAGUGUGAAUAGAGGAGCUAAAUAAAGACUAGGUACUUGGCCUAUUUUCAAACAACAAAAAAAAACUUUUAACGCACACGGGCAAAGGGACAGACUGACAGCAUUUAAGCAAUGAUCAAUUGGCUAUCCUGUCACUGGGAUUAUGGAAGCAGAAGAGCAGCUGGAAAUGCAGAGUCAUGCCCAAUCAAUCGGAUAUGAUCCACACACAGAGAGAGAGAGAGAGAGAGAGAGAGCGAGAGAGAGAGCCGCCUUUGCAGCAACCUGGGAGCAAACACAAAGCGGCACGGGUGUGAAAUGCAGCACUGGAAUGAUGAUGAAAUGAUUUGGGACAGAUUUAGCGCAUAGACAAAUAAAUGGCCAUUGACUUAGGAUGAAUGGGAUCAGUUCCGGUUUGUGUGUGUGUGUGUGUGUGUGUGAGCCUGAGUAUGAGUGCAUAUAAUACGGAGCAGUCAGUGCGUAUAUGGAAAAGGAUGAAGACUCCUUUUGUUUACUUCUGUGAUGCUCCAUUUUACUAUAAUCAUCCAGACUGCAGUCUGAUGAACUGAAACUGAUCCAUUAUUGUGGACCGGGUCAUUAAAAUACUAUAAGGUGUCAUUAAGACUACAUAGAGAGAUUAACAACAAAAGAAACAAAGAAAGAAAGUAUAAAUCCCUUGAAAGUCUGUUUUGUUACUAAUUUUCAUGAGUGAUAAUAGAGCUAAAAAAAAAACAAACAAAAAAGAAAUACAAUUUUGUUGCAACAAUCUUUCAUGAUUUUUAGUUAUCAAUAUGAUUGUAAUUAUCAUUGAGCUUAAAUGAAAAGAGAACAAAAGCAGCAGGUUCAAUGAUAAUAAUAACCAUCCUGAUGAUAAUGUUUUUUUGUUUGAUUUCCAUUUUGCCAAAGUAAAUAUUGUUACCUUGACUUGAUAUUCUAAAUGAUGAAAUAAAACAGAAAAAAAAAAAAAAUAAUCAUGAAUUUUCCUUUUAAUUAAUGUCUUUGAGGGUAGAACAGGAAAUGAAGAGGUGAGUAUUGUCAUAUAUUCUGUGUGUGUGUGUGAUGCUACUUCCAUUUUGAUAGCUUCCUAAUAUAUCGUUCACUCUUGGCUGAUAACCCUGGUGUCUGUGCAAUUAUCUAUAUAGAAUGAAAAAUGGCCCCUCUCUCUAACACGCGCUCACACACAGGCUCUCAGACGUAAUCAUCUGCGGAGUGACAGAGUGAAACAGAGUGAGACACAGAUAGCAAUGGACUGAAAGGCUGAAAACAAGGACACAAGCAUCCGGGAGACUGCUGAUGUGAGUGACAGGGCAGAGGACAGAGUCAAGGCAAAGAGCAAGAGAGAGAGAGAGAGAUGAAGGGAUAGAAAUAGAGCAGUGGGACUAUAGUGCCUGUGUGGGAGCUAUUUUUAGGGUGGAAAUACUUUGCCAGAAUGCAUUGCAUUGCCAAUAACGCAUAUUUAAGCAUGGUUAAGGUGAGUAAAACAAGGAGCUGUGUGUGUGUGUGUGAGUGAGUGAACAUUGUGCUAUCUUCUACCUUCUGUGUUUACUUAUAGCAUUUCUGGAAUACUAACACAUGCACACAUCAUCCAGUCAAUGAUAUUUACCCAAGAUGUCUAAAUAAUGGAAUACAAUAUACAAUAUGUACAGUGUACUCAGUGUGAUUUUCCACAGUCUGAAUAGACUCAUUCCAACAGAUAUCAAAUUUACUAGAUGCUUUGUUUAUUUUAGCCGGAUUUAUGAAAUUUACAACAGUUGUGUAAUAUGUGUAUGUGAGUAGGAGAAUUUACUGUCACAAUGCUGCAGUAACAACAAAACCUCUGCUUUUAACAAGUCACAGAGUUCAUCACUGUCAAUUCAGUUUAAUUCAACUCUAUAUAAUAAGGGUUAUAAUACAUUUUUACAGCAUCCUGUAUAUAAAAUAUAAAACCUUUACAGGAGCAGCUUUACAGUAAUAUAAAAAUUUAGGAUAUAAAUUAGAACAGUUGAAUUAAUCUAAUGAGAAAGCCAGGGAAGACGGCAAUGAGGAAAACGUCCCUGAGACAAGC